UGGCUGACAUAGCGAGAGCAACAACACAUUCCAGAAAGUACGCUGACCUUUGGUGCUGAAUUCUGUGCAAAAAUGCGUGAAAUCGUACAUGUUCAGAUCGGCCAAUGCGGCAACCAAAUUGGAGCAAAGUUCUGGGAAGUCAUAAGUGAUGAACAGGGAAUCGACAUCAGUGGAAACUAUUGCGGUGAUUCACCACUGCAGCUGGAGAGAGUUAAUGUGUAUUUCAAUGAAGCCUAUUCUCAUAAAUAUGUCCCCCGUGCUAUCCUAGUGGAUCUGGAACCUGGAACCAUGGACAGCGUGCGGUCCAGUAAAAUCGGUCCACUCUUUCGACCUGAUAACUUUAUUCAUGGAAAUUCAGGUGCAGGUAACAAUUGGGCAAAAGGCCAUUACACCGAAGGGGCCGAGUUGAUUGAAAAUGUAAUGGAUGUGGUGAGGAACGAGUGCGAAGGCUGCGACUGCCUACAGGGCUUUCAGCUCGUCCAUUCCCUUGGUGGUGGAACAGGGUCUGGAAUGGGCACUCUUCUGAUAAACAAGAUCAGAGAAGAGUAUCCCGACAGGAUCAUGAACACCUUCAGCGUGGUGCCCUCGCCAAAAGUGUCGGACACUGUCGUUGAACCAUACAACGCCGUCUUAUCCAUCCAUCAGCUGAUAGAGAACACAGACGAAACAUUCUGCAUUGAUAACGAAGCGUUAUAUGACAUAUGCUUUAGGACUCUAAAACUCCCCAGCCCCACCUAUGGGGAUCUCAACCAUUUGGUGUCCCUCACUAUGAGUGGAGUCACCACCUCGCUUCGUUUUCCCGGCCAGCUGAAUGCAGAUUUGAGGAAGCUUGCUGUCAACAUGGUGCCUUUUCCCCGACUUCACUUCUUCAUGCCGGGCUUUGCUCCGUUGACGGCUCGAGGAAGUCAACAGUAUCGAGCUCUCUCUGUUCCAGAGCUUACCCAGCAGAUGUUUGAUGCCCGGAACAUGAUGGCAGCUUGUGACCCACGCCAAGGGAAGUAUUUAACUGUGGCAUGUAUCUUCAGAGGCCACAUGUCCACCAAGGAGGUAGAUGAACAGCUGUUGUCCGUACAGACUAAGAACAGCAGCAAUUUUGUGGAGUGGAUCCCCAACAACGUCAAAGUGGCGGUGUGCGACAUUCCACCACGCGGGCUGAAGAUGGCGGCUACUUUCAUUGGAAACAACACAGCCAUACAGCAGCUGUUCAGCAGAGUCUCUGAGCAGUUCUCAGCAAUGUUCAAGAGGAAAGCAUUUCUCCACUGGUAUACUGGUGAAGGGAUGGAUGAGAUGGAGUUUUCAGAAGCAGAAGGCAACACCAAUGACUUGGUAUCAGAGUAUCAGCAAUACCAAGAUGCGACAAUAGAUGUAGAAGAAUAUGAGGAGGUAGAAGUGGAAGUUAGCCAAGAAGAAAAGGAACUCUUUUAAAAGUAAUUCUGAUUUUGGAACGCUAGCCUAAAAGCCUUAAUGUGUGCCAUCAAGUAAAGAGGUUGACCUCACCUAUCUUUUUCAGGAAACUUCUAACAUUGUUAUAUCAAAGACUAGAUCAACCUUGUUUAUGCUUUAAACCCUCCAACCACACUAUUAGCUCCAUAAUAUGGAACCGAUUAGAUUACUUUGCUUAAUUAACUGCUUACAAUGAGUCAAAGCAGUUGGCAUCUCUUCUGACUUGGCACCCACCCUAAACUGGUGGUUAGGCCAUUGAAAUAGGAAAAAUUAGAAAUAUACCAGUAUGCUGGAUUAAAAGGCCCAAACACUUAAGCUGAUGGAUCACAUCACCAGAGACAUUACGAUGGCACAGACAAAAGCAAGGUAUUUAAAGACCCUUUUCAACUUUAUCUGAAGAAAGCUGGCAUGGUGAACUGGAUAGACUGUCAGGCUAGAAUCCUGGCGGACUGAGUUCAAAUCCUCACUUCUACCAUGGAAGCUCGCUGGGUGACCCUGGGGCCAUCACAAACUCUUAGUUUGACCUCCCGGGGUGGUUGUUGUGAAGACAUGGAGGAGGAAAGAACAAUGUACGCCACUUUGGGUCCCCUUUGGGAAGAAAGACAGGGGAUAAAUGAAAUAAAUAAAUACGUAGUGGUCCUGGCCAGAGAUGUACAUCGCUAACUGUAUCAAAAGAGACACCUGUCCAGCCUGGAUGAGUAUCACAGUGUAGAUCCGAAAGUUCUUUGUGGAGCCAUUGGCUGGAUAAAGGUGAGAGUGAGAGUAUUUAUUGCUGUUUCUGUCCAGUUGCCCUCUUAAACAUAUUGGUGACGAGCAUUUGCUAACUGCAAAACAAGGUAUUCAGAUCCACAUAUCUGGUCCCAUUGUGCUUCAUUCUUUUUGGCCAGAUGGUGUUCAUUUCCUACGCCACUGAACUUUAGUCUAGCUUCCUUUCUGCGAGAUUAUUGCCACUUGGGAGUUUUAGGAUGGGCGGGCAUUGUGGAUAGGACCUUAUCUGGCCCCAACAUUGGUAGAGUCACAGAUGUUCUUUGAUGCCGAGGGACCAAUUUGGCAACUGUUUAAUUUGCUGUUUAGUACUUUAGGCAAAUUUACUAAGUGGUUAGACCCUGACCUGGAUAGCCCAGGUGAGCCUGAUCUUGUCAGAUCUCUCUUGUCAUAAGAUAAGUAGGGUUGGCCUGGGUUAGUAAUUGGAUAGGAGACCUCCAACGAAGACCAGCGUUGCGGAGGCAGGCAAUGGCAAGCCACCUCUGUUAGUCUCGUGCCAUGAAAACCCACCAGAGGCUGCCAUAAGUCAGCUAUGAUUUGAGGGCACUCUCCACCACACUAACUAGGCAGAACAAACUGUGGGUCAGCUCUUCACCUGUCAUUAAGAACAGCAACUAAAAAUUGUAUUAGUGGAUCAGCACAAGGGGUCCAACUAGUCCUGCAGUAACUGUGGCCAAAUGGAUAGAUACCUCUGGGAAGCAGGAAAUGAAAUCAACAGCAUUCCCGUGCUGUGUUCUAAUUGUCUAGUAUUCAAAGCUACAUACGGAGAGUCAGAACAUGGUAGAAUCCAUUUAGCUGUCCUGAAUAAUAAACAUUGCCAGACCUACUUGCCAUUCCUUUUCCUCAUUCGUUUUAAAGCUGUAAAAGCAACUGUGCAUCAUCUCCCUUGGGGCCUGGAGCUCCAAAAGCUUAAAUGUCUUGUAUGGGGAACUACAUUCUUUGUUUCUGUUCUGAACCUUUAUUAAGUGGCCACUAACAUUAAUGCCAGAUAAACAGGACUUCCUAAAGCCAUCGCAGACAAGGAGUAAGAUCUCAAAAACUUCAACAGAAUCAGAAUCUCUCCACACGCAGGCCAUAGCCUUCAAGUUAAGCCAAACAGCUGAAACUGCUGGAAGUAGCGCUAUGGUGAGAGUUGAGGAUGCUCAGUCAGUAUGUACGUUAUUAAUACUUAUUUAUUAACAUUGUUUCAAUGGGCUUUAAACAGUUUCAUAUUUAUUCUUAAUUAGCAAUCAAAAGAGUUGUGGCACCGUAAAGAUUUAACAAACUUAUCAAGGCCUAUAGACUUGAUAACUUGGCAGAUGUAUAUACAUCUUGGUGUGAAAAAUGAAAAAGUUUUAAAUGGGCAUGAGAGCAAAGAUCACAAAAUGCGAGAAUGCUGUUCUGCCAUGGAACAAAAGCUCAUCUAAUGAAUUUGUUAGCCUUUACGGUGCUGUGUUACUCUUAUUUUUGCUUUGUCAGACUAUUAUUCUUCUGGUAUUGCUUCUACUAGAGUUUCUGAAUCACUUUACCCGCGCUUAAUAGUAAGAUACACAGAGCUCCGUGGCGCAGAGUGGUAAGCAGCAGUACUGCAGCCCAAGCUCUGCUCACGACCUGAGUUCGAUCCUGGCCGAAGCCGGGUUCAGGUAGCUGGAUCAAGGUUGACUCAGCCUUCCAUCCUUCCAAGGUCGGUAAAUGAGUACCCAGUUUCCUGGGGGUAAAGCGUAAAUGACUGGGGAAGGCAAUGGCAAACCACCCCGUAACAAAAGUCUGCCAAGAAAACGUCGUGAUGCGAUGUCCCCCCAUGGGUCACUAAUGACUAAGAUAGCAUCUUUGGGCAAAGCUUUGCCGCAAUUAUUUCCUUAACCCUCCCCUUCUCAUUUGCUUUGCAUGUGGGAAGGUCUCAGGUUAAAUCCCUGGCACCUCCAUUUAAAAUAAUUGGGCAGCAGGUGAUGCGAGAAAUCUCUGCCUCGGAUCCCAGAGAGCUGCUGCCAGAGUAGACUAGACAGACCCAGAUACACCAAUGGUCUGACUGUCUAUAAGGCACCUUUGUGUGUUCAAGACCCCGAAAGGACUGAACAAAGAUAUUAUCACAACUUUCAUUGCAAAUGAUGAGAGAUGCUUCCGCUCACACCAUUUAAAUUUUUUAAAAUCAAAGCUUAGCGGUAUUUGCCAGUGGUGCUUUGACCUUUUUGUGUGUGCAGUGUUUUUUGCAAUGCUUGAAUGAAAUAGAGAAUGAAGACCUUAUGAAACUGGCUUUGGUAGCUGUAGCUCCCCCUCCCCCUAAGUAACAGAAUUAUCUGUUCUUACCUGCCAUUCACUUUAUUUACAGUGUAUUUCUCUCCGUAGGUAUUUGAGAUGUCUUUUUUGAUGUAAUGAUUACACAAUAA